GUGAGCGAGUCAUUAGCACAAGUUGUUGUAUCAUAUUUUGGUUCAAUUGUUUCGUUGCUAUUACUGGCGUUUACUUUAUUUGUAUUGACGGCCAUUCGAGGCAUUGAAACGAAUAGCAAUUCCAUUCACAGACAUUUGGUUUUAUGUCUAUUGUUGGCCGAAUUUAUAUUUUUGGUGGCACUUAGGAUUCGGUCCACUUUAGUUCAAAAAGAGUUUGGCUGUAAAAUGACUGCAAUUAGUUUGCAAUAUCUGUUUAUGUGUCUCUUUUCAUGGAGUUGUGUCCAAAGUAUACAUUUAUACCGAAUGUUAACCGAAAUUCGGGACAUAAAUCACGGACCCAUGAAGUUUUACUAUUUCAUUGGAUACGUUAUUCCGGCAAUUAUUGUUGGCCUUACAGUUGGUGUUCGUGCCGAUCAAUACGGCAACUAUAUCUUUUGUUGGCUCUCUAUAUAUGAAAGUGUUGUCUGGAGUUUAGUCGCUCCCAUCUGUAUAGCCAUUAUUGUAAAUCUGGUGGUAUUCCUUUUGGCACUUCAGGCCAGUGUGCAAAUCAAGGAGACUGUUAGUGAUUAUGGAAAUCUUAAGACAUUGUUAUGGCUUAGUAUUAUUUUACUACCACUUCUGGGCUCGGUCUGGAUU